AUGCAGAAGGAUUUCGUUUUGAUUGACGCACUGUUGGAACGCGCUAGUUCGUUUUGCUAUCAUAACGUGAAUGUUUCGUUUUAUCUUGAAUUUUGUAAAUUAUGGUUACUGAGCAAAAAACACCCACGGGAUUAUGGUUCCAGUACGGCUGCGAUGUCGGCUCAAUCCGCAGACAGUUUUGAUCCAUCUGCAGACAGUGUCACACCUAAAACUGAUGGGACGAGUGAUAGCGAUUUUGAUGAACGUGAUGUUUCAGCCGAAGAUGAUGACAGUAUUCCACCAGAAGAAGAUGCUGCUGACGAGGAAGAAGUCUCAAGCCUUAUGAAGGAAAGUGAAAUGUCAUUGGACGAAUUGUUAGCUACAUAUGGAAUCCCUUCAAAUAUAAAUGAUCACAGUGUGAAUUCACCAAUUUCCAGAGGUAGACCUAUACGUUUAAAGAGUGGUCGACGUACUGCCACUCCUCCUUCCAGUGUAACUUCUUCAUUGGAGCCAUCGGAGUCAUUGCCACCAGCUAAGAAACCCCGUCGUUCUGGUCACAUAUCUGGUUGUAUAAAUAAUGAAAAUAAUGAUACCCUAACCGCUCGUUCUGUUUCACGAAAUAGACCGGUAUCAUCAACUGACCAGCUAAUUAGUCGAUCGACAUCGGAUGCUGAUAUACUGUCAGACAAGAAUAAAUCUGAUGAAUCUUUAUUGCGUUGUCUGACUUCAUUUACAUAUCCGCAUUCAGUUCCUUGUUCACACAGUGCCAGUCCAGUAUCUAUAGAUGUUUCGUGCUCUGAUCCAUCGUCGGCUGCUACAACUCCUAAACACUCGAAACGAAUCACCACAGAAAGCCUAAACGGUACACAUAAACGUGUAUCACGUAGUCAUUUACUCAGAUCCCGUGCAAAAUCGAAUCCAACUGUUCGUAGUUCUUCCACUGAAUUAAUUGACAAUGGAAUUUCUUCUAAUACAGAAAAGCAAGUUUUAUCUGAUCCUGAAGGCGAUAUAAUAAAAGAGAAUGGUAAAAAUGAUGACCAAACUGAAGAAACAGAAGAACAGGAAGAUACCAGAUGUGUAAACAAUGAGGAUUACUCUUCACGUUUUUGGAAGAAUGCAGUUACUGGUCAGGAAACUCCACUGUCUUACAAUUCUGAUGAAGAUGAAGACUACUGUCCAAGUGAAGAUAGUGGUGGUCAUGAUUGGAAGGGAGAGAUCAAAGUGGGUGAUGAGUAUCAAGCAAAUGUCCCUAUGACUAUCUCAUCAUCAAAUAAUACAGAAAAUCAAACUAUCAAUAAUACUGGUAGCAAUGAAGGUGUUUUCUACGGCUACGCUGAAAGAGUAUUCCAAGAAUCUAGUCUUGUUUGGAAACCCUGUGAAAAACUCUCUGAAGCUGAUGUGACACGCUUUGAAAGGACAUACGCCCAAGUUAUUAUGUCUACGCUGCCUAAUCAACGAACUAUAGAUGAUGAAGAGGCCUUGUUUCUGCUCAUGCGUUGUGAUUACGAUGUGGAGGAAGCACUUCAACGAUUACAAUCAAAAGCUGUAUUACCUUCAGAAGUACCGGGUUAUCUAGAUUCUUGGUCAGAACCUGACUGUACUGCAUUUGAGAAAAGUUUUGCAAUCUACGGGAAAGAUUUUCGUCAGAUACGAGAGACCCGAUUACGGCAUAAAACUGUAUCUGAGUUGAUUCAUUUCUACUAUCUAUGGAAGAAAACAGCACGUCAUGAUGAAUUUGCACGGAUAUAUCGACGGGAUAAAAAGAAAUCUUCACAUCCUAAUAUUACUGAUUUUAUGGAUUGUUUGGCUAUGGAACAAGAGAUUCUAGCUGAGUCAUACAUGCAAAACGUCAGUGAUGUCAAUAUGUUGGCUACAACACCAGUGGUGGCAUCGUCUUCAACAACGUCAGGUAUCGAUGGAACUUCUUUACCGCACAAAUGUGAAAACAACUCAGCUCAUAAGUCUUAUUCCUUCCAACCUGUUACAUCAGAUGAUGAUGCACCAGAAAGAAAUUCUGACUACCGGUUAGACUCAUCGGUUAGAUGUCAGGUGACAACUGGACAAAAAGCUAAAGGAGCCUUAUUAAAUUGUGAUGAAGGCAAGACUACAGAAUCUCCUGUUGUUCGUCUCAAAGAAUCAUCAGAUGGUGAUGCCAAUUUAUUGAAUAAACUUCCAUCUUCCUUGGGUGAAUUUGAGUUGAUGAAUUGUUCUAUUACCUUGGAUACUUCUGUUAACCGAUCAAAGUCAAAAUUGGGUGUCAGUUCAACUUGUCCACCUGCUACUAAUGAAGCUUGUAGUUAUAUGAAUAAUUGUCUGAAACAAGCAGACCAAACAUCUAGCUUCACUACUCGAUCCACGCGUACAUCAUCCUCUUCAUCGUCAACACCAAUCAUUUAA